UCAAGCUCCCGCGCCCGCGUAAUUUACUGCUGCAGCUGGCCUCUGCAUCGAAUUCGGCUUAGCGCGCUCAUGAAUUGCCGUGUCGGCGUCCGCAGCCGACUUUAGCCUUUCACCGCGCCCGAGACUGUCGCCAACAUGGAUCAGUUGCCUCGCAGUAAAGAAGGCUACGCCAACAACAAUUUGUUUGCGGAUAGUCAGCAGCAGUUCAAUGCAUAUGACAAUCUCUUCCAAUCUGGGCCCGGCCAGAGUCCUUACGAUGCUAGCUGGGGCUUAAACGCCGGCAACUACCCGUCUCAGUCACGUGUUCAGCACUCCUCUACUCCGAGCUGGCCGCAGAAUACCAAUCACCUCUCGCUGCCACCUGCGCAGGGCAAUUUGCAUGCACAUGCAGCUCCAUACCAUCGCCCCCUGGCACCCAGUCCCGCGCCGUACGGCGGCCAAAACGCCGUCGACACAUAUCAAACACCCCACACCUAUCAAUAUGCGCCGCAAUAUGAUCCCAGCCUGCUUCCCCAACAUGCAUUCAAUCAGAACUUCAACUACUCCACCGCGGAUCGCCACACUCCGAAUGCCGCGACUGUCGCGCCACACGCGUUACAACAGGAAAAGUCAUCGUCGGCAUUCGCUCACAACCCGUACGGAGCGCCUUCGUACCAAGUCAACAGCGUCGCGCAAUCACGACCCCUCAACCCUUCCACACCUGAUGUCGCCGAUCAAAGACAGCUUAUGGCUUCCAUACCACAAGGAACCAAUGCUGGACAGUUCUCUAUCAUCAGAUUCGACGAUCUUGCGAACGCCACCCGCUCUCAGCGCAUGGGCAAUUUUGUCAACGUUGGCGUCGAUGCCCUCAACUGGGAUCUUAAUCGCGCCGCACUCCCGCCUUAUGUCCCCCGCAAGUCUCGAAACGAGCUUCGCAGGCUGGCUGCAAACGAUCCGAAACUCCUUGCGAAACUCAGCAAGACUGGGGUGAAGAAACAGCGUCUCCUUGCUGCAGCAGCAAAACCAUCGCUGGCCGUCGGCAAAACUUCUUCGCCAACGGGGGAGAAGAUCAAGUACGAAGGCGAUUCGCCAAGCGAAGACGAGGAUUCGUCUUCAGACGACGAUGACGAGUCUUCAUACACCUCAGAUGAAGCAGCUGAAACAUCACCUCUGCCUGCCAAGAGGCCUGACACUCCUAAGGGGGCCACCGAAUACGACACCAUCAAGGCUUUGUGGCGUGGCAAACGCAGGUCUCUGGCUUCUGACAGUAUUCGGAAAGGAUUGGGUGAAUUCUGGGAGAUCGUGAAGACGAUUAGAGACCGAUGGAAAGCGGACGUUGCUGCCCUCCAGGAUGCGGAGUCGAAGAACCGCACUAACGAGCUUCCGCUCCUUCAGAGCAGAGUCAAAGACCAACGUGACAUGCUGGAAACGGCAUUCAAAGCGGCGUUGAAGCACGGCCACCGCGACAUCAUUCUAUUAAUGAGCGAGAACGUGUCACUGCUGUUCCUGUGCUAUCAGUUCUUGCUGGACCGCGCAAAAGUCGAAGAUUACAACAGCGCCUUGCCUCGUACCAUCCUCGAGACGGUCGCUUUGUUCACCACCAUCACGCAAACGAAGCUCGAGAACACGCACAUGGUCAAGGUCCUUCCGCGCUACGCCAAGCGAGGUGAUGCCAAAACCCAGUUUUACGCCAAACGCAUCAUUGCGAGCGCGGCUGAGGCUUCGGCGGAGAAGAGUGCUGAGCCGGGGUCAGCAAAAGACAAGGUCGCUGGAUCCCCACCGAGCAAGAAGUCAGAACCAGAGCCAGUUGCUGGUGUCAAACGUCCUUCUAGUGCUGCGAACGAUGGAGGCGCCCAGAAGAAGGUCGCAAUUGCAAGCUCGAAAUCCAAUGGCUUGUCUACUGCUACGAAGCUGGGCACUACCGCGAAGAAGUCGACUUUGGCGAAUGACAAUACCAAAGCAGCCACCACGGCUGCUGCUGUUCCCGCAGUGAAGCCGAAACAAGUUGUUGCAAAACCGUCCGGUCUGUUCGCCAGCCUACAGUCGGCCGGGAAGAAACCGGGCACAUCUACCGCUAAUAGAGCUGCCCAAGCAUCUACAACUGGAGUGGCUGGACGAACGAUUGACAAGACGUCAAAUGCGUCCUCGACAACAGGCCCAAGUGCAGCACCAGCGCCUUCCUUCUCGUUUGCUGAAACGAUGGCGAAUCUCUCGAAACCCAAAGAAGAGAAGCCGGCACCGAAAGUUGAAAGGCAAGUUCCAGACGAGACCCCCGAGGAGAAGCGAAAGCGGCUUAGAAAAGAAUCGCGUCGCCAUCUACAUGUCACGUUCAAGACUGGAGAAGACCUGGUCCAGAUUCGCGAAUUCCACCAUGAUCCUGAUGAAGAGCUCGGCCAUGAUGCCAAUCAAGUCAGAGAUGUAAGCGACGUUGGCGGAGAAGGUCGCAUGUUCAAGCAACAACAUUCAAUGAUGGACAUUGAUGAAGAGGAUGAAGCCGCAGACGACGGAGCUGGUCUCGUGGACUUUACCCCUCCGAAGGAUAUCGACUUUACUGUUGUCGAUGCCGAAGAGCGUAAGAGGAACAGCAUCAAGUUUGGCGGUGAGGUCGAGCCGGAAUCUGCUGAGCGGGCUGCCCGAGAUGCGCAUGAGGCCAACACUCUCAUCGUCUUCUACACCGAUCCAAAGGACAUUCCUCCCAACCCGCGUGAACCAUCGGACCCGUACAGUGGGGAGCAGUCCGACAAGAUCAAGCAAUUCGGUCUGCCCGACGCCAAGUGGGAUGCUCGCGCAAAAGGCAAGAGCGUCGCCAUGCAACAGAUGCCUACGGCACAACAGCAGCAGACCGCCAAUGUCGCGCCUCAAUUCGAUUUUGCGAACAUUGGGAAUCUAAUGAUCACCCCGCAAAGUGGCUAUCAGCCUUCAAUGCCGACGGUAUCGCAGCCAUCGUUGCCAGGUGGCGAUGCAAUCUCCAAUAUUCUCGCCAGUCUCAAGCAAGCCCAGGCAAAUCAAGGCACUCCACCGGCAUCUGCAAUGGGCGCAUUCAACCUCCCCUCCUCUGCUCCGCCGCCCACGUUUGCCCCCGCCCCACAACCCUCGACGAUACCAGCGGGCCAACCCGAUCUCGCUGCCAUCCUGGCUCAAAUCCAACAGAAUCAGGGCGGUGCAGCACAACCUCCUGCCAUGUCUGGCUUCGGGCUUAACACCCCCGGACCCAUGCCUGGCAUGACGUCUUAUCAGCCCCAGGCGCAGCAGCAGCAGCAGCAGCAGCAGCAGCAGACGUCUGUGUACGAGAACCAAGAGCGCAAGCAGUGGCGCGAGGGCAGUGCUAACGACAAUGCCACGAAAGCCAAGAGGCAGACCACCGCUCAGAGCCCGUGGUUCCGGACGAAGGUGUGCAAGUACUGGCAAGAGGGGAGGUGUCAGAAGGGCGAUCAGUGUACUUAUAAGCAUGAGGAGGAGUAGAGAGACGCUAUGCGAUGGCUGUCGUCUUCGAUCUGGGACUAUGGCUCACUACUACAGCGUCGCUGUCAACCCUGCGUGAUCGAUGUUGAAUGAUCGGUGGGAGUUCGACUGCGGGCGAGCUCAAGAAGUUGAAGCAGAGCUACAGAUACCCACCCGUACAGUGUAUGUACUAUAUUCAACUCCGUCUCGGUGAAACACGUAUGCCCUUUCUCUACUAUGUCUGCUGCAUGUAUUACCCACGGUGGCUGCUUACUGUGUAACUG